GCUCUAGCCCUGGCUACAGCCAUGCCUCUUUUGGAAGAGACCACUCUGCCCCAAGAGCACCCACCCACCCUGCCCGUGGUCGUCAUAGGCAACGGGCCGUCAGGUAUCUGCCUGUCCUAUCUGCUGAGUGGAUACAAGCCCUACUUGGACACAGGGACUGUGCACCCUAACCCGAUACUAUACCGAAAGCUACAGGAAACCAAACACCUACCGAUAACAGAGCAGGACCUUGAAUAUCUGAGUGAGGGUCUGGAGGGGCGGUCGGGAAACCCUGUAGCCGUCUUGUUUGACUCUCUACUACACCCCAAUGCUGACUUCGGCUACGAGUUCCCCCCGGUUCUACAGUGGAGGAGGGACAAGCAACAGCACAUCCCGCAUCUGGUGCUGGGCAGGGCAACGCCCGGAGGUGCCUGGCAUGCAAUGGAAGGCUCCAUGCUUACCAUCAGUCUCGGGAUCUGGAUGGAGCUUCCCGGGGUUAACUACCGCGACCUGACCAGUGGGAAACGCAGGGGUUCCAUCAACGACAGAGCCACCCCAGAGGAGAUCUUGUCCUACUAUCGUAACUAUGUGAAGCUUAUGGGCCUCCAAAAGAACUUUGUUGACAACACCUACGUGACCUCUGUCCAGAAACUCUGCCGGGGGCAUGAGGGGAAGGGUUUGGAGAAUGGGCACGCAGAACUAGGGAAUGGAGGAGUGGGCUAUGGGGAGACUGGGGGAUUUGAGGGAAAAGGAAUUGAAUGUAAAGAUAGCGGGGGAGGGGGGUCUCUUUGGGAAGUGAGAGGAUACCAGAGGGUGCAGAAUGACACCCAUGUCCCCUUCUGUCUGUUUGCCGAGAACAUUGUUCUGGCCACAGGGGCGUCCGAUUCGCCAGCUCGGCUAGGCAUAGAGGGGGAGGAGCUACCGUUUGUAUUCCCCAGCAUCUCUGAUCUGGGAUUGGCCAUAAACCAGAGGAAGCUGGAUGCAAACUCUGAUCCAAUUUUAAUUGUGGGCGCGGGUUUAAGUGCUGCAGAUGCUGUUCUAUGUGCUUGCAACAGCAACAUUCCCGUAAUGCACGUCUUUCGCAAGAAUCUCGACAACCCUAACCUCAUCUUCAAACAGCUGCCCAAGACCCUGUACCCAGAAUACCACAAAGUCUAUCACAUGAUGUGCUCCAAGACCCACGAUAGGAUGGGCGCUCCCUCUGCAGUUAAUGGGCCCCAGGCAGUUAGCGUUGCUUCAACCGUCUGUGCCAAGAUGUGCCCAAAGCCCCAACAUGUCACAACUAACAUGGCCACAAAUGGCAGCCUUAGCCUGUUCCCCGACUACACCAGCUUCCCCGAACACUGUGUGGUGUCCUUCCAGCCUGACAUGAAGUGUGUGCUGCAGGGCAACAACUCCCUCAAGGCAUUCAAGAUCUCCAUGGCCCUGGUGUUGAUUGGGACAAACCCCAAUUUGUUUUUCCUCAAGGGCCAGGGCCAGUACCUGGGUCUGGACCCAGCGAAGCCCAUCUCCUGCAAGCAGAACCCCAUUGACAUAGAACCCUACACCUUUGAGUGCACUAAGGAGCCGGGUCUGUUUGCCAUGGGCCCACUCGUGGGAGACAACUUUGUUCGCUUUUUGAAAGGGGGCGCCUUAGGCAUUGCCUCCUGUCUGCUGAAGAGACUCAAGAAGAAAGGGAAGCUUAUCAGGAAUGGAGGGAGCAACUUCCUUUAA